UCAGCGAGUAAUUGAGCUAAAGAGGCACGUAGACAAUUGUUAACCCAGCCUCUUGUGCCACCGUAUUCCAAGUCAAUAACAGUUGAACUUAGGUGCUUUAGUUAGACGUGUGCCCUGACAGCAGAACAGAUGUCUGUGUACUUUUGCUCCAGUACCAGCACUUUUUUAGGGGCUGUUGUUCUCCUGCUCGUCCUCUAUCUGAUAUCCAACAGUUUGACCCGCCGGGAACUCAGGAAGGUGCCUCCUGGUCCCAGUCCUCUACCGCUGCUUGGCAACCUUCUGCAGCUCGAUCUCAAGAGACCUUACGUCACCCUGUGUGAGCUUUCAAAGAAGCAUGGGUCCGUGUUUACGGUCUACCUUGGAACCAGCAGAGUGGUGGUCCUGGCGGGAUACAAAGCAGUCAAAGAAGCUCUGGUGAACCACAGAGAAGAGUUUGGAGACAGAGAUAUCUCCCCUAUCUUCUAUGAUUUGAAUCACGGCCAUGGAAUUCUGUUUGCUAACGGAGAAUCCUGGAAAGAGAUGCGCCGUUUUGCCCUCACCAACCUCAGAGACUUUGGAAUGGGAAAACAACUCUCAGAGCAUAAAAUCUUGGAAGAAUGCCAGUACCUGAUGGAAGUGUUUGAAAAGCACCAAGGGAAACCAUUUGAUACAGCAAGCCCGGUAAAUUAUGCCACAUCCAACAUAAUCUCUGCUAUCGUGUACGGCAGCAGGUUCGAAUACAACAAUCCCCAAUUCAUGAGCAUGGUGGAGAGAUCCAAUGAAAUCAUAAGUGUUGUGGGCUCCGCACAAAUCCAGCUUUACAACAUGUUUCCCAGGCUGGUCAGUUGGACAAAAAAACGGCAGCUUUUAUUAAAUAAUCUGACGAGGACUGUCAGAGAUGUCAAAGAACUAAUCUUGCAUCUGAAAGACACACUGCACCCUCAGUUCUGCAGAGGCCUCGUGGACUGUUUUCUCAUCCAGAUGCAGAAGGACGAAGAGGCUUGUGUUAAGGACACUCACUACAAUGAGAAGAACUUGAUAUUUACAGUGACCAACCUGUUUUCAGCUGGCACUGAUACCACAGCGACUACUCUGAGAUGGAGUUUGCUGCUCAUGGCUAAAUAUCCACAUAUUCAAGACCAGGUCCAGGAGGAGCUGAGCAGGGUGGUGGGAAGCCGUCAGGUCCGAGUAGAGGACAGGAGGAACCUGCCGUACACUGAUGCUGUCAUCCAUGAGACACAGAGACUGGCCAACAUUGCUCCCCUUGCCAUUCCUCACAAAACCAGCCGAGACGUCACCUUCCAGGGCUUCUUCAUCAGUGCGGGGACCACUGUGUUUCCUCUUCUUACUUCUGUCCAUCAUGAUGAGAGUGAAUGGGAAACCCCAAACUCUUUUAACCCUUCCCACUUCCUGGAUACGGAGGGUAAAUUUACCAAGAGAGACGCCUUCAUGCCCUUUUCUGCAGGUAGCAGGGCGUGUCCUGGAGAAAGUCUGGCCAGGAUGGAGCUGUUCCUGUUCUUCACUUCUCUCCUCCAGCGCUUCCGUUUCACUCCUCCACCUGGAGUUAAAGAGGAUGAUCUGGAUCUGACUCCAGCUGUGGGCUUCACCCGCACCCCUUCACCUCAUGAGCUGUGUGCCGUCAGUCGUGAGGGAAUUCGAAAUGAGUAGAUUAUUUGAUAUGUAAAUGGAAUCAUAUCGUAGCGUUUGAAAGUUGCACUUUUGUGGUAAAUCCCUUCCAAACAUUUCCCAUAAAUAUUGUAUCAGUCUUCAAGGUCCUUUUGUCAAAGUUGCAUCUUUUCUUUUAUCUCUGAACACUCCUAUGCCGCACCCAUGAGGGUAACCGAAAAUGUUAAAAAAUGGAGCAAAGACUAUGAAAUUGAGCUAACAUCACAAUACAUUUGCAAAAAGUAAAUAAAGAAUAUGUAAUGAUG